CAAACACGUCCUUUCUCUUUGAGUUGAGUUUCAUCCAAGCACGAUGGUAGGUAGUUUUUGCAGAAAAAUCUCGUUUAUUUGCUAUGAAACAAUUACAUCCGAGUUUUUACUCGUAAUAUUUUGAAAAUAUAGGUAUUUAGUGAUGCAAUGAUCGAAAUAGUUUUGUGCUAUGUCGAUUAUGCGAGAGAAAAAAUGUGAUUAAAUAAUUUCAACACGUCGACAUAUAUUCUCGAAGGUUGUGAAAGUUUAAAUUUACAGCUACCUGACUGAUGUCAAUCUCAUGUAAGACUUGUUAAGCCAAAUACGAAGCUCUAGUUAGGAAUUUGUCAAGUUUGUACACACAAUAAUUCACAAUGAAAUAUAAAAUUUUAGUUCAUAUUUUUUUGCAAACUUUAUAUAUGAGAAUCUUUGAAUCAUCCAUUAUCUAGUCUCAUAGAAAGUUCUCAGCUCCCCGCCAUGGCUCAAAAGGCUUCUUGCCUCGUAAGAGAUGUAAAAGGCAUCGUGGAAAAGUUAAAUCUUUCCCAAAAGAUGACAAGACUGUCCCUCCCCAUUUGACUGCCUUUGUUGGUUUCAAAGCUGGUAUGACCCAUAUCCUAAGAGAGGUGAACCGACCUGGCUCGAGUAAGUAUUGUCAAUAAUAGCGAGCUUACAGUCAAACCAGUGUUCCAUUGCGAGCAAUGUAAUGUUACACAAUAUUGAUUGACUGAUUGCUUUUAAUAGCAAAUUGCAACCGACACAAACAAAUUGCAAUUUUUACAUACAGUAACAGUAUUAAACCGUCAACUGCAAAAUUCAAAAUUUCAUAAUAUGAUUCAGAAGCAAGUUUGUAACUAAAGCCUGAUUGGCUACUAGUAUAAAACAAGCCAAUCAAAUGCUCAGAACAUUUGUAACUUGUUCACAUCCAUCAGAAGAAAAAAAUUGUGCUAGACAUUGCAUCAAAAGUAGUGUAAACGAGCCUUUACAUGAGUGCUGUGAUGCAAAUUGCGGUCAAUAUUAGUUAUACCAAUUUUUGGGUGACAUCCAUGUUGUGUGACAUUUCUUCCUAGCCAGUGCUCUUAGAAUAGGCAUUCACCCCCCUGCGUGUCUGUCAUUUUGAUUAUUUUCAGGGGGGUGAAUGCCUGUUGUAAGUGUACUGGCUAGGAACAUGGCAACUUCAUCGGUAAAGUCAUAGGCAAAUCCAAGAGGUCUGCCUUCUAUAAGGUUCUUAUUCUGUGUCAUAACUUUAGAAAUUAACAAGAAGGAAGUGGUUGAAGCCGUCACAAUUAUCGAGACUCCACCUAUGAUGAUUGUUGGAAUUGUGGGAUACAUUGAAACCCCCCAUGGGCUUCGUCCAUUGACUACUGUCUGGGCCGAGCAUUUGAGUGAAGAAUGCAGACGACGAUUCUACAAGAAUUGGUGAGAAGCCUAGUAUAGCCCAAAUUUUAAUCCAGUGAUCUAUCUAUUUAUAAAUGCCCUUCAGCUAUUUAGUAUGAACAAAGUCUGUUUAGAUUAAGUUUCCCAGUGUAUAAUAGACCAGAAAUGAAUGGUUUACACAAUCUAGUAUAAGAGGAACAGUAAUAGUAAUUGUAAGCUAACAAGAAAUAUUUUAAAGCAUUGGAUCUCCUCUCAGCUUUUAAUGCCGACGAGGUCCAAGCGUUUUUUUUUUGAGAAUUAACAGAAUGGUUCUACCACUCUAAGGUGUCGUUCGAAAAAGAAGGCAUUCACCAAAGCUUGUCGCAAGUGGGGCGAUGAGGAGGGGAAGGGAAGCAUUGAACGUGACCUUGAACGAAUGAAGAAGUAUUGUAAAGUGAUCCGAGUCAUUGCUCAUACUCAGGUAGGUUGUAGGUCCAGUGUUCAAAAAGCAAGUAUUCUGGAUCAUUGACUGACAUGUGUGGGUCCGUCACCAGUACCAAUUAACAUUUUUAGCAAAAGCUGAUCAAGUUGCGUCAAAAGAAGGCGCAUAUCAUGGAAAUCCAAGUGAAUGGAGGUGACAUUGCCGAGAAAGUAGAUUGGGCAAAGGAACGUUUGGAAAACCCUGCUCCUGUUUCUAAAGUUUUCAACAAAGAUGAAAUGAUUGAUGUGAUUGGUGUUACCAAGGGGAAAGGAUUCAGGGGUUAGUGUUUGAGGAAAUUACUUGUUUUAAAACUUGCGUGUGUUGUCUUACCCUGAGUGUUGGUGUUAUAGUAGUCAAUAAAUGUGUUUUUCACCUCCAUGGAGGAUGUAUAAAUUCACAUUCGAAAAUUUUCAACUACAAAACCCUUUUAUUUCUUUAGUUUUGUUGAGUUCUAAUUGAGAAGAGGUGUUGAUCUUUUUAGGUGUGACUUUCCGUUGGGGAACAAAGAAGUUGCCACGUAAAACCCACAAAGGUUUGCGUAAGGUUGCAUGUAUUGGUGCAUGGCAUCCAGCCAGAGUUUCCUUUGCUGUUGCUCGUGCUGGUCAGUGUGGCUACCAUCACAGGACUGAAAUGAAUAAGAAGAUCUACCGUAUUGGUACUGGUAUUCACACCAAAGAUGGCAAAGUGAUCAAGAAUAAUGCCUCUACGGAUUAUGAUCUGUCGGAUAAGAGUAUCACACCUUUGGUAAGUUUGCUGUGUCUUGUCUGUCUGUUUGCAAUGUUGAUGCAAAUAUAUGAUUAUAACUUCACAGUCGGUUGGCUAUGUGAAAACUGUGUUGUGGUUGUCUUUUCCAAUAAGUUCCACACAAGAAAUCACAAGACAAAGAAAAAAUCUGUGCCAUAUGCAAUUUUAUUUAGGUUCCCUACCAAAUUUUGUUUUGAAUUUGAUGAUGGACCAUAUUAUUUGUAUGUUUUGUUUGGUUAGGGUGGAUUUCCUCACUAUGGUGAAGUAAAUGAAGAUUAUGUGAUGGUAAAAGGGUGUGUUGUUGGACCAAAGAAACGAGCAUUGACCCUACGAAAGGUAAUUUUACUUUCCAAUCACAAUGAUCAUGGUUAUGAUAUGUUUCUCAUCAUGUUGCGUGUUGUUCUCUAGUCCCUGCUUGUGCAAACCAGCCGUAGAGCAACAGAAGAGAUCACAUUGAAGUUGAUUGAUACAUCCUCCAAAUUUGGUCAUGGUCGCUUCCAAACAGAGGAAGAGAAGAAGUCUUUCAUGGGCCUUUUGAAGAAAGACAAAGAACGUGAAGAGGCUGGCGAAGUUUAACUGUGAACCUUGAAGAAUUAAUUAAAUGAUUCAAAAGCAUAAAUUGUGUGAAGUUGUGUUUUCAUCUUUUUGUUUACUUAGUUUUGAA